GUAUAAAUAACCGAAAAGGUAAUGAUGCGGGUACACAGCAGAAAGCGCUAAUCAUGAAAGGUCUAAGCCGUCACUUGGUUUUCUUUUCAAUAUGUUUCAGUUUAAUUGGAGAAACGAGAUCAGGUGGCCAUGAAUGUUACGUAAAUUCCGACUGUGGCGCUAAUGCCUUUUGUAAUAAUAACGACUAUUGUGAAUGCGAGAUCGGGUUCUACGACUUUUACCCUCUUACUACAGCUCUGAGCGACGGAUGUCUGGGCAACUGUGAUGAAUUGGGAAGGACCAAUCAGUGCGAAGGAAUCACCCAGUGUAUCCUCACACCACAGGGGUACGGAGAAUGUACAUGCCCAGAGAAUACAUUUGGACCACCAAAAUGUCGUGGUGAUUGCGAAUCCAGUUUACAAUGUGGUUUUCAUGGCAACUGCGAGGGUGGCAAAUGUGUGUGUUUUUCGGAAUUUGAAGGAAAAUAUUGCGAUGUUAAAACCACCUCAAUGAAGCCUAGAAGGAACUUGUACUUGUUGCUGGGAGCCGCUGCGCUUCCCCUGAUACUCCUUGUUCCCGCAGCUUUUGCCAGCUCUGUGUCCUCGGGCUAAUACGAAAACUUGCCAGUAUCAUGCAUGUAACUGUGAAAUAAAAUAUCUAAA